AUGGAGCCUGGGAAACUCUUGGAUCCCGCAUCAGACACAAGCAGGAGUCUGAAAAAAUCUUAUGAAUGCUCAGAAUAUGGGAAAUCCUUUGCCCACAGGUCCCUCCUUUUGACCCACAGGAAGGUCCAUGUGGGAAGUGGAUCCAGUGAAGGUUUGAAGGGUCAAAAAUCCUUCUCUGGAAAAAAUAACAAAGAUCUCAGAAGCCCCCCAACACUAAAACCCUAUAAAUGUGAGGAAUGUGACUUAUGCUUUGGACGAAGGUCACACCUUCUUAGACAUCAGAAAAUCCACAACGAAGAGAAACCUCAUCAAUGUCUAGAAUGUGGGAAGUUUUUCCAAAUCCUUUGCCCGCAGGUCCCUCCUUUUGACCCACUUCUUACACAUCAGAAAAUCCACACUGGAGAAAAACCUUAUCAGUGUCUGGAAUGUUGGAAGUUUUUCCGUACAAAAGCCCAUCUCAGAAACCAUGAGAGAAUUCACACAGGGGAGAAACCUUACAAGUGUUGGGAAUGUGGGAAGAGCUUUUCUUGGAAUUCAAAUCUUUGGUCCCAUAAGAAGAUUCAUGCAGGAAUAAACUCUUACAAAUGCUUUGAAUGUGGAAAAUGUUUCAACCAGAGUGAAGGUCUUCGGUGUCAUGUGAAAAUACACACAGGGGAGAAAAACGAAAAGUGUCUCGAAUGUGGGAAAUGUUUUACUCUGAAAGGAAAUCUGGUGCGACAUCAGAGAAUUCAUACUGGAGAGAAACCCUUUGAAUGCCCAGAAUGUGGGAGACGAUUUGUAUAUUCUUAUGAACUUCGGAGUCAUCAGAAGAGGCACAAAGAGGAGAAUCCGUAUCAAUGUGGGGAGUGUGGGAAAACUUUUAUUAAGCCAGGACUGCUUCAGAUUCAUCAGAGAAUCCACACAGGAGAGAAGCCGUACAAGUGUGGGGAGUGUGGGAAAUGCUUCUCCAGAAAAGACCUCCUUGGAAGGCAUCAGAGGGUCCACACAGGAGAGAAGCCAUACAGAUGCAUAGAAUGUGGGAAAUCUUUUGCUCAAAAUGGAAACCUUUGGAUCCAUCAUAAAACCCACACAGGGGAGAAGCCAUAUGAGUGCAACGAAUGUGGAAGAUUUUAUCGUACCUCAUCAGCACUUAGAAAUCAUGUGAAAACUCACACGGGGGAAAAAAACUACAAAUGUUUGGACUGUGGGAAAGCUUUUGCUCAGUCAUAUACCCUUAGAAUUCACAGCGUAAUCCAUACAGGAGAGAAACCAUAUAAAUGUCUGGAGCGUGGGAAAUGUUUUGCCCAAUCUUCAGCCCUUCGCAUCCACACCCGGAGUCACAGAGGAGAGCAGCCUCACAAGUGUGCAGAGUGCAAGAAACCUUUUCCUAGUAGAUCAAAGCUAAAAAAGCACCAAAAAGUCCAUAGCAGAGAUAAAUCUCUUCAGAUGUGAACAACAUUGGGAACCCUUUUUUUUUUCUAUAUUCAGAUGUUAACAUUUGCCAGGAACUUCACACAGUGACAGAAGGGAAAUCGUAGAAAUAUUUGAUGUGGGGAAAAUGCUUUUCCUAGUCAAGCAACCUCAAAUCCCAUCAGAGAGAAGACAAUGAGGCAAAAGGGCAUAAGUGUUGGGAAU